CUUUUUCGAAUAGACGUUAGUGCGGUCUUAACGCGGCUAAGAUGCCAUCGGUCCAGGGCCACUAACUAUAGUAAUCAAUAACCAAAUACAACGAGCGAGUGAGGUGGAGUGAAGUGAAUAGAACCGAAUCCGAAAUCGAAUACGAAUAUGGCGCAGAAUACGCGCAACUCCGAUUUAUCGCAGAUCGCGGUCAAUGCCAACAAUAUACCCGAUGACAGCGUCGAUUGCGGCAUCAAAGGAUUGGGCUGGUGUCGCGGUCCAGGAUGCCAGAAGUUCGCCAGACUUCGCACCUUCGUCCUGGUUUUGGCCAUCUCGGGAACCUUCCAGGGAGCCUGCGAGUCCUACUUCCGCGUUUCGGCCAAACAGGCCGCCUUUCAGUUCGGCUACAGUCCAUUGCUAGUGGAUUGGCUGCUGGUGGCCAGUGGAUUGUUCCAAGCUGUUUUUGCACUGGCUUUUGCCUACUGGGCGGACGUCUUUCAUCCCAUCAAGUGGUUGGUGGGAACUCUGAUGCUGCAGGCGGUCACCUGCGUGGUUUCCGUGAUUCCAUCCAUUAUUAACUUUGCCGAGGGGAGCAAGGCGAAGGAUGCCCUGCUGGACGCCAAUCUAUGUGCCACAUCGCUGGCGCAGUUCCAGAGGCUCACGCUGACCGAAUCGCAGAGCAGCAGCCUCACCUUGGCCAUGCUCUUCGUCCUUCAGCUGGCCCUGGGAAUGGGCAGCCUGGCCUACUACACCCUGGGAGUCAGCUACAUCGACGACAACUCCCUCUCGCAGGACAGCCCAGCGGUAAUAGCUGCCAUAUUGGCUGCCCGCGUGUUUGGCCAGCAGGCGGGAUCCUUUUUGGUGCUCGGUGUAGGACUGACCAACGUGGGCUGGUGGCUCGGCUGGGUGAUACUGGCUCCCUUCAUUUUCGUGGGAGCCGUGCUGCUGGGACUGUUUCCCAAACGCCUCCCCAAGACGGUUAUCCACCAGGCUGCCCAGAGGAUCAUCGAGCAGUCGAAUAUGCGUACCUUUGGUAGCCAGUUCUCCACUUACCUGGAUGACUCCGAUUUCUGGCCAUCGCUGAAGCGGCUCUUCAACAACCGACUGCUCAUGGUCAACCUGCUGAGCAUCAUGUGUGUGCAGAGUGCCUUGGUUAACUAUAACCUCCUGGAGGAGAGCUACCUGCAGAGCAGGUUCUUUCUGCCCUACAACGAACAGGAUGGAUUGGCGGCGGAGUGGAGAUCCGCUUUUGUUUCCUACUUCCUCAAGCCUCCAGUAAUGGCAGUUGGAAUGCUUGUCAGUGGUUUGGUCAUCUCGAAGGCGCAGCUUUCUGCCAGGAAAAUCACCGGAAUCAACAUAGCAUUGAGCAUCCAUCUGGUGGCCAUUUUCGUGGCCCUGAUCUUCAUCAAGUGCGAUGUGGGUGCAAUUGCGGGAGUGGAAGGUGGCAAGUUGAAGCAGCCCUAUUGCUCCAGCCAAUGUCUGUGCACUCCCACCGCCUUCAUGCCCGUUUGUCCGGAAAACAGCGCAGUUACAUACUUCUCCCCCUGCUAUGCAGGUUGCUCCAAGCAGACCACCAUCAAUAGCUUCGAGUUAUUCGAGGGCUGCAGUUGCAGUGGCGAUCAGUCCUUCAAUUCCACCGGUCAGAUGAGGGCAACCGCAGGAGCCUGCAGUUCGGGAAGCUGCCAGUCGGCCAUCAUCAUCUUCCAGAUCAUGAGCAUCUCGGUGGCCUUUCUUAUGGGAGUGGGCACCAUUGGCAAGACCUUGAUCAUUUUGCGGGCUGUCCUGCCACAGGACAAGUCCUUGGCGUUGGCCUUUGAACUCAUGAUCGUGGGACUUUUUGCCUAUGUUCCAGUGCACCUCAGCUAUGAUAUUGUCGAUCGUACAACCUGCGUUUAUUGGGCACCCAACUACGAGCGCUGUUUGCUGAGAGAGACGCCCAAGCACGGCAAUAUCCUGGACAUCCUCACUGCCUCCUUGAUCCUGGCCAGUGUGCUCUUUGACAUUCUAGUGUACAUCUUUGCCAAGGGAUUGAAUCUGUACAACUGCAAGGUGACGGACAACAACUACACACCCUCUCUGUAUGCACCGAUUCCCCACGAAGACACAACUACUUCACCAAGUGCUCCUCGCGGAGGAAGUCCUGUGACCACCACGACCACUUCCUCCCCAAUGCAACGCAGGGAUGCCCAGCAGGAAUUGCCAACGCAGACGGCGGUCUUCAGGAAUCCCAGUUCGGUGACGACCUCCUCCGGUGGAGCACAGAGUGUGGUGGAGCCCAGCGAAAGCGGAGUUACCUAUGCCCAGGUGGUCUUCCCACCGGACAGACGCAAGCCGGACGAUGGUAGCACCAGUCCGAAGAGACUGGCUGUCCCCGCCAAUGUGCCACUGCAUCUGCUCUCCGAGUCGGAUGUUCGCAGCCAGCUGGGCAACCUGAAGUCCUUCAAUCCUCCGAAGCAGGAGGCGGACAGGGGACAGGAUACCGUGGAUACCGAUGACGUGGUGGUCACCCAACCACAAUCGAGUGUUCAACCGCAGGUUCAGGCAGUUCUUCCACAGGUUCAACAUCCAGAUCAGGAGAUCAGCUCUCCAAAUACCAGAGAAACAACACAAAAUCAGCCAGCGGAUAUUGCCAGACCACAAAGUCCCGAAACGGACUUCUAAUGAGGCCACUUAAAAGUAUUCUAAACGUUUUUUAUUACAUUCCUAUGCUUAAGAUCCGAUGUGCCAAGACAAAUCAUUUGAACAAAUAAAGUUAUUUUUCAUUCCAUUGUAAAA